AUGAUGGUGCGUCUCUUUUCUUCGUGGUUUGUCUACAGAUGGCACCACAAGGUCACCCCGUCGAGGCGGCUCAAGAAACAUGCUCAGCGAGGCUUGCUGGUCGAGAGACCGAUAGGGGAAACCCUCACAAAGGCCGUAGGACUCGUGGAUGCCUCUGUGGCGCACCAGCGGCGCAUCAAGAACCUCUUCAGCGAGCUUGAGUCCAGGGAGAGAACGCUCGAGCAGAUGGACAAUAAUGGGGAGGAGGAGGUCCCCGCCGUGGUCCAGAUGGCUUGGCACGAGUCCAGAACCCAGGAAAUCCGGGUUUCCAAGAAGAUGAACGAACUGAGGGACGACGCCGAUUGCGACAACGCGAUCGCACCCGUUCGGGCGACCCAGCAGCUGGAGGCCUACCUGCUGUCUGGCGUGGCCGUCCUCAAGAGCUACAUGACGACGGGGGCGCGCAUCACGGCCACGGAGAUUCUCUCCCUCAUGUCUCAGGUGACGUUCGCCGCUCACACCGCCGAGGCGCUGUCCCGCUGGGCCGGUGAGGCCAUGGAGACGCUUGGGAGGGAGAGGGACAGAGCCCACGCCCUGCACAGGGAGAACGCGCAGGUCUCGAGGGAGGCUACCCUGGCGCAGAAGGAGAUCAUGAGCCUGGAGGCCAAGAUAUUCCACACCAGAAAAGAGCUGGAAUCAGCAAAGGCGUACGCGGCGAGGAUCAAGGCCGAGUCGGGCGACAUGCGUGUCGUAUUUGGCGCGAUCGAUGAUUCCGUCACCGCCGCCGGUCUUGAGCUCAUGACCCACGACGCCAGCGGAGAACCUCUCAGCGCUACCCAGGCGGCGUUCGGCAUGAUCAAGAAGCUGCGGGAGACCUGCAUCAGCCAGCAAGAUCACAUCGGAAGGCUCGAGUUCUUCGUGGAGAGGGGGAAGCUCGACCUCGAGCAGGCAGAGAUGACGAUCAAGGACAUGGGGCGAGCCAGCAGUUCGAAGCGCGCUCGCAAGAGGGCGGCCGCCACCGCCGCCGCCAAGAGCAAGAGCAAGAGGGGCGCCUACGGCUUCAGCGCGAGCAGCGCCGGGGGAGGCAGCAGCGGCGGCAGUGGCGGCGGCAGGGCCGGAGGGCGGCCGCCGUCCCCGACGCACGGCAACAAGGCCUCGGCGGCGUCGAUCGCCGUUUCCACCGCCGUGUCCAUGGCUUCCUCGCAUUCAGCAGCGAGAGCCCUGAACGGCGAUAGGUACAGCGGCACCCGGGCCGGCAGCCCCUCGUCCUCGUCGUGCAACACUCCCACAAACGACGAUGACGCCGCAACCGUCACGUCCACCGACGCCGGGCAGAGCAUCACCACCACCAGCACCGCCGCCACCGCCGCCGAUUCUUCUCGGGCAGGGAUGCACGCAUCUCUGAGGACAGCGAGGGCCGGGGCGGGAGCGGAUCGAGACGGCACGGCCAUCUCCGUUUCGGCAUCCACCGCCGUAGAUUCCUACAGCAACAACAACGCCACUGACCGCGUCGGAGGGAGAGGAGGGAGAGGAGGGCGGCGGGCGACGAACACCGAAACCGCCGUCGGCGGGAGCGGCGGCAGUGUUCCCAACUUGGGGAGGCGACACAGGACGCAAGCAGCCGUAGCGGCGGGUGAGGGAGCGGGCGGAGAGAGCGGCAGCGGGGGCGGCGGCGGCGGUGCAACGUCGGGAGGUGAGCGGCACCGCGGCAGCGUGUCGCCGUCAUCGGCAGCGAAAGGCCCCCGCGGGCACUCACGGGGCGGCAGCGUCUCGAGGCGCACGGCCGGCGAAAGCGGCGACGCCAGACAACAAUCGCCGCCGCCGCUGAGAGAAGAGGAGAGCGGCACUGGAGAAGGCGAAGAGAAUGAGAAGCAGCAAUCGGAGCCGCCAGCACGGGACGACGCGGGGGUUACGAAGAUACCGGAGGAGGCAAAGGCGUUGGCAGAAGAGGAAGAGGAGGAGGUGGAAGAGCGAGGCGAGACACAACGGACGAGCGGGAUCCAGCAACCGGCGGGCGAGGAGUCGCCAGGAAAAGAACAUGCGUCAGCGGCGGCGACGAAGGAGAUGGUGGAGUCGUCUCCCGGUGGGCAAGACGCCGCCAGCACUGCAGAGGAGAAGGAUAGCGGCGGGAAAGACCCGGCUGGUGAACAUCAACGAUGCUCACGAGGCCGGGCGUCUCAGCGAAAAAGCAGCCGCUGA